UAGAAACGGGGGUGUCGGUUAUGCGGGCUGUGAGGGGUCCCGUGCCGUUUUAGUGCGCCCCUCCGCCCUUUACGUUGCCUCAGCCUCGCAGCCGCCAGCCGCGUUGCUCAAGCCCCGUACAGGCGGCCUCGGCGGGCGCCUAAGAUGGCGGAGCGGCGCUCGCUGAUGCGGUCACAAGGCGGCGCCGCGCAGGGGGAAGGCCCCCCCCGGCCAUGUCGGGCCUGCCGGCGGCGGUGAGGGGCUGGAGCGGCCUCACAGCUUGCAAGUCAUGUGUUCUCCGGAGAUUCUCCAUCCAGCCAGCCCAGCAGAAGAAGAUUCCAAACCGAUAUUUGGGCCAGCCCAGCCCCUUCACACACCCGCACCUACUCAAACCAGGGGAAGUAACCCCAGGAUUGUCACAGGUGGAAUAUUCUCUUCGCCGGCACAAACUGAUGACAUUGAUCCAGAAGGAAGCCCAAGGCUGGGAAGGAUUGGACCACACGGUGAUUCUGCUAUCCAACCCCAUGUACUACAUGAGCAAUGACAUCCCCUAUGUUUUCCACCAGGACACGAACUUCCUGUAUCUCUGUGGGUUCCAGGAGCCUGACAGCAUCCUGGUGCUGCAGAGCUUACCUGGCAAAGCACUUCCCUCUCACAAGGCCAUACUUUUUGUGCCCCGGAGAGAUCCGAGCCGAGAGCUGUGGGAUGGGCCCAGGUCAGGCACAGAUGGGGCCAUUGCUCUUACAGGAGUAGAUGAAGCGUACACUAUUGAGGAGUUCAGGCACUUGGUGGCCAAGCUGAAAGGUGAGUCAAACAAGGUGUGGUAUGAUAUGACUAAACCAGUGCAUAAAGAACUGCACUCUGACUAUAUGCAGCCCCUGGUUGAGAUAAAAGCUCGGAGCAAAAAUCACAUCCAAGGCAUCCGGCAUCUAGUGCAAAACCUUCGGCUGAUCAAAUCUCCUGCGGAGAUUGAAAGGAUGAAGAUAGCUGGACGAGUGACAUCGGAGGCUUUCAUAGAGACAAUGUUUGCCAGAAAAUCUCCAGUGGAUGAAGCCUUUCUGUAUGCAAAGUUUGAAUUUGAGUGCCGAGCUCGUGGUGCUGACAUCUUGGCCUACCCCCCUGUUGUUGCUGGUGGCAAUAGAUCAAACACUUUGCACUAUGUGAAGAACAAUCAGCUCAUUAAGGAUGGUGAACUGGUCUUGCUAGAUGGCGGAUGUGAGUCCUCCUGCUAUGUAAGCGACAUCACACGAACCUGGCCCAUCAAUGGAAGGUUUACCAAACCUCAAGCAGAACUGUACCAGGCUGUCCUGGAUAUCCAGAAAUCCUGCCUGAGCCUCUGCUCCCCAGGUGUGAGUCUAGAAAAUAUCUACAGCCUCAUGCUGAGCCUUGUUGGACAGAAGCUGAAAGACUUGGGGAUCCUAAAGAGCAGCAUUACUGAUAGCCACUUCUUCAAGGCUGUUCGAAGGUACUGUCCACAUCACGUGGGCCAUUACUUGGGCAUGGAUGUUCAUGAUACCCCAGAUAUAUCCCGGUCUGUCCCGCUCCAGCCAGGCAUGGUGAUAACCAUUGAACCAGGACUUUAUAUUCCUGAAGAUGAUGCGAAUGCCCCAGAGAGAUUUCGUGGCAUUGGUGUGCGCAUCGAGGAUGAUGUUGUGAUAGGAGAUGAUUCGCCUCUCAUCUUGUCUGUUGACUGUCCUAAGGAGAUCUACGAUAUCGAGCAGAUCUGUGGUCGCAGCUCAUGAUGCCCCUCCUCUGCCUCUUGCAUCCUCCCAAGGAGACGCAUGCCUCCAGGGAUGCAGAUCCCUGUAACUGACAGCGGUUGUCAAGUGAUGGAGAGUAUGAUCAGUUGAUGGCUGUUUCCAAAACCAAAGUUGGGAAGUGGAAUGCAAAAGACUCUGGCACAGAGUACUGAAAAGCAAAGCAAACUUUUCUAUGUGUAUUUUCCUUCUGAUUUGAUUAGUGCUGAUGUUGAGCUGUUGCAGAACAUGGAGGUGGGUUCAUCCCUGCGUUGUGUGGGUCCAUCUGUUCUGAUGCCCUUGGAAAGAUGGACUUUGUGUGUGAAUGCUGCCAGUAGCAGAGCUCCUGUCUGGUUCCUCUACAGAUGCAGUAGUGCAACUGCUGAGACCACAGUCCUGUUGUUUACCCUUUUGCAGUAGUAUCACAAUAGUCAGAAUUUUAAAGUGAAAUUCCGAAAAAUGCUGCUUUUGGACAAUAAAGUUGUUUCAAACAUCUUUGACUUUAGAGCCCUGGGAGGAGAGGUUUUGGUAGUCAGAAGAUGGGUUUGGUUGGGAGGUAGCCUGAAGCCUGUGCAGAGUGCUUUUAUUAUUUUAAGAAUAUAUUUGGGUUUGGUUCAAGCAGAUGCAAAAUAAGCCAUCAGCAGAGGAAAACACCUCAUCUAGUCUUUCAGCUUAUUGAAAAGUUUGAGUAGAGAGUACUAAUGGGACUCCGGAGGUUGUUCAUUCUUGUCUUCCACAUUUCUUCUUUUUAUCACAAAUCUCCAUUCAAGGCUCUUGUUCUGAGCCUGCCACUGCCCUGUGAAGCCAGUACUAUGUUGGCUGUGCUGGGCUCCACUGGCAAGAUGCUGGUUGUCAGCUGGAUGUGACAUGGUCAGUUCUGGGACAGUCACAGCAUCUUUCCGGUUUAUGCUGUCAGCAACUUCAGCAGUGCAUUUUUGAAGAAAGCAGCAGUUUUAUACCACUCCUUUGAAAUAAUUUUCCUUUUCAGAACACUGAGGGCAAGAGCACUGCUGGGUUUUAGGUUUUGCCAAAUGCCAAUGAACGCUUUGUGAUAUUUUUUAGGCAGCUGCAAAUGUGAUUUAUGAGGAGUAAAGAGAAAACUUUCUGUCAGCAACAGCGUACCACCCGAACCAUUGUGAUGCCAUCGUAAACAUACCUAUUUGAGGCAAACAUGCUGUGUGUUUCCUAAAGAUAUUUUGACAGUCAACUUUUUAACAUCUGCAAAAUGUCUCUAAUAAUAUAUCUCCUGUUACAUACAUUGGCUUGUUCUUUGUAUCAUCUUUUUUUUCCUUUCUAAUUGCAGCUUUAGGUAUUUUUCCUCUCCACUUUUAAAAAUUCUCUUACUCUAUCCUCUUGUCUUCAUGCUCCAUAAUAUCACAGUUUCCUUAAACCUGCUUUUCUCCUUAAUGUAUGUCAUUCCCUCUUCCCCAUAUGCCCCAGCUCCCCACAGUAGAUGUAGGCAGUGGUAGUCAGGGUUCCUGAGUUUGACUUCUGGUUCUGUUGCUGUGUAACCUACAGCAAUUUGGUUUUAAUCCCCCUUUCUUUAUUUUUCUGUGUUACAUUUGACUUAGUGAAGGCCAGGCAGUGUCAUGCAUUUCCCAUUGCUUUUAAUGGAAGCGGGGUGUAACUACCAAGGUGCGAACUUGGCACUUGAAAGGCAGCCAAGACAUGCUGUAAGUUUGUUUUUUAAAUGAGAUAAAAAAAUGAAUGCUUUCACAAAGUUUAAUGUAUCAAGUUUCACCUAGAAGAGAAAACCUACUAAUCUCUGAUGGUAGUUAUUGUUAGAUAUUCGUGCAUCACAGUGUAAACUGUUGUAUGGGGGGUGUUGUCAAGUGUGGACACGCAGAACUGAUGGUUACUUUUGAUGUCCUUCCAGUCUAACGCAUUUAUUUUUCCAAUUGCACCUGCUAGAGCCAUACCAGCUGGGAGAUGUCUUGGAUUUUGGAACUGUAAGUAGCUGAAAAGACGUGUGCCUGCUGAUGACCACAUCUGCACGUGUGCUUAGUUGCAGAGUCAACAGACGUACUGUAAAUAAGUCCUUGGAAUACAUAUUAAAAAGUUAUUUUUAAAAUAA